CCAGCAACACUUUGGUGUUGCCGCCUUGAGUUCUCAUUGCAGCCUCUCGCCUUUGUCCUUCGCAAAGUCCCUUGAAUUCUUCUAUCAUUUUAACCGUCAAAUGUUGUCUCCAUUAGACAAACUUUAACCUGUCCUCAUUGGUAUAAUCAUUCCCCCACACUCGCUCAAAGUCUCACAACUUGCAGCCCCUUAAAAGACCUCUUCCCGCUAGCAGUGUCUUUGUGCAAGGGAGGCCCAGCAAUUCCUCCCACCACAACAAUGGCUAGGGACGCACAGAACGACACGAACCGGAGCCUCGAGACACUGCUGGACAUGGACAAGUCCGUGGCCAGGAGCAAGAGCACCGCGCCGCCCCUGAGGAAGAUGGUCCCGGGCCAUGGGCUCGAGUUCAGCGGCCUCUCCUACAGUAUCAUCAAGAAGCAGAAGAAGGACGAUGUGUCCGUCAUGAAAGAGGCGUACCUCCUCAACGACAUCUCGGGCCAGGCGAUGAGGGGCGAGGUCAUGGCGAUCAUUGGGCCCAGCGGGGCGGGGAAGUCCACGUUCCUUGACGCGUUGGCAGGGCGGAUCGCGCAGGGGAGCCUCCAAGGUUCAGUCAGGAUUGAAGGUAAACCGAUUACUACUAGCUACAUGAAGAUGAUCUCAUCCUAUGUGAUGCAAGAUGAUCAGCUCUUUCCGAUGUUGACCGUCUUCGAGACGUUCAUGUUCGCUGCUGAGGUCAGGCUUCCUCCUUCGAUCUCCAGGGCUGAGAAGCAGAAGCGCGUCUACGAUCUCCUCGAUCAGCUUGGCCUACAGAGCGCGACUCAUACAUAUAUCGGUGAUGAGGGAAGGAGAGGAGUGUCGGGAGGGGAGCGUCGAAGGGUUUCCAUAGGAAUCGACAUCAUCCAUAAGCCGUCGCUGCUGUUUCUCGAUGAGCCUACCUCCGGUUUGGACUCCACAAGCGCCUACAGCGUCGUUGAGAAGGUGAAGGACAUAGCUCGAAGCGGUAGCAUUGUGCUCAUGACCAUCCACCAGCCUUCCUAUAGGAUUCAAUUGCUCCUGGACCGCAUCACAGUCCUGGCAAGGGGAAGGUUGAUAUAUAUGGGGAAUCCUCUGGCGCUGCCUGAUCACCUUUCCGGAUUCGGAAGGCCAGUUCCCGAGGGCGAGAACAGCCUCGAGUACCUCCUAGAUGUGAUCAAGGAGUAUGACGAGUCGACCAUUGGCCUCGAUCCGCUUGUGCUGUAUCAAAGAGAUGGCAUCAAACCUACCCAAGAAGCUAGGACACCAGUCCGAAAGACACCAAAACGUCCCAAAACACCUAAGACUCCGCGGACUCCGCACGGACACACCCCCAGUUCAAAGCUCAAUCUCCGCUCUCAGACCUACACUCCUAAAGGACAGAAGACUCCUCGAUCCGACUCUGAUCAGUUUGACUACUACGACGACGACGACGACGACGAAUUCGACAACUCACUGGAGCGCAAAGUAGUGCAGACGCCAAUGCACAUGCAGAGCGGUGUGCACCCGAGAUUGGCGUCCCAUUUUUACAAGGACUUCUCCGUCUGGCUCUACAAUGGUGUGAAGGGGACGCCACGGCGCCCGCCAUCCUGGACACCUGCGAGGACUCCUGGGCGGACGCCUGGAGGUAAGACGCCGAUGUAUGGCCCACAGAGUCAAAUCUCAAGCCAGUACCCGACUCCUCAGCGUAACCCUCCUCGCCCCAAGACCCCGCUGGUCUUCAGCCCCGUGCCUGACCUAUCUUACGCUACUUCCUACGAGGAGUUUGAGAUGGAAGUCCUCGACGAGCCCGAUCAUGGUCAGAAAUUCGCGAAUCCAUGGCUGCGUGAGGUCACGGUCCUGUGUUGGCGCACUGCUCUUAAUGUGAUUCGCACGCCGGAGCUCUUCCUCUCGCGCGAGAUCGUCCUUGCUGUCAUGGCACUGAUCCUAUCCUCCCUCUUCAAGAACCUUCACCACAGCGACUUCAAAACCAUCAACCGCCUCCUCAAUUUCUACAUUUUCGCUGUCUGCCUGGUUUUCUUCUCCUCUAACGAUGCCGUCCCGACCUUCAUCCAAGAGCGGUUCAUCUUCAUUCGAGAGACGUCCCACAACGCAUACCGAGCUUCAUCCUACGUCAUCUCAUCUCUCAUCGUAUACCUCCCCUUCUUUGCCGUCCAGGGCUUCACAUUCGCAGUUAUCACUCGGUACAUUCUUGAACUUCGAAGCAGACUUUUCUACUUCUGGAUGAUCCUGUUCGCCUCCCUGAUCACUACCAAUGCUUACGUGAUGCUCGUGAGCGCGCUCGUCCCGAGCUACAUCACGGGAUAUGCUGUCGUCAUAGCAACCACAGCUCUCUUCUUCCUCACCUGUGGCUUCUUCUUAAAGAGACCACAAAUACCACCGUAUUGGAGGUGGCUCCAUUACAUCUCCGCCAUAAAGUAUCCAUUCGAGGCACUGCUAACAAAUGAAUUCAAAGGGGCUCACUGCUACACAGGCAAUGCAACAGAUCUCUCGCCAGGUCCGUUGGGAGAAAUCAAGCAUAGCAAACUGCAUCCGAAUAACGGUACUUCUGGCGGAAGUUGCCCUCUGGUGGGACAGGACGUUCUGUCCACCAUGGGCAUUGAUAUAACGAACAUCUGGUAUAACAUCGGUAUCCUGCUGGCGUGGGGAGUCCUUUACAGGCUCCUCUUCUAUGUGGUCCUGAGAUUCUAUUCCAAGAACGAGAGGAAGUGA